GGGAGAUCGGCACGACGCCCUGAGUGUUUUCGAGGCUGCUGCUGCUGCUCACUCUUACCCCUUCACCCACCAGAAUGAACAGAUCCACCCCAUUUGUAUCCCAAUCUUCCCAACAGGCUGCAUCCGACGCUCACGCCAGGCGCAGCUCCCGGCGGCAGGUGCGGCAGCGGCUCCGCCUGCCAUCAUAUUGUAUGUGGAUCUCAUUGAUUCUCGGCCUCUGGGUCAAACCGGCUGCUGCCUUCCGCUCGCUGCUGAGGACGGCUCCCUCGCUUCCAAGGCACCCUGGGACAUGGAGCAGGCGCACCCCACCAUCAUCCCUCUCCCCCGGCCUCCAGCUCCACAUCCCUGUUCACCAUCAUCCCACCUCCCUCUCUGCGGCCUCGGCGACUGAGGCAGAGGCGAAGCGAGAGAAGAGGGCGCCGCCGUCCUUCAUCAACGGCCCGUUGCGUCGGGCGGCCAUGAAGCUGCACACGAGGGACCAGGCCAAGGAGGGAGAGCAGCCCGCCCAGACGCCCUUCACCAAAUGGGCGCCCGGCCUGGCCGACUUCAUGCAGUUCCUGGUCGACUCCAAGCAUGUCUUUGAGACGCUGGAGCGGUGCGUGAAUGAGACGGCUGAGCUGAAAGCCUUGCGUGGGAGUGGACUGGAGAGGACGGCGGCGCUGGACAGGGACGUCAGGUAUCUGCUGGAGCUGGAUCCGUCGCUGAGUGUGCCGCCGGUGGGCCAACCCGGCAGGGCAUAUGCCGAGGUGAGUAAAUGAGGGAGGGCUGCAUUUAAUGGGGGAGGGAGGGAGGGAUGGACACAACACACGCCUAGGCGGUGAGGUGAGCCAGUAUAUAUCAUUGGUGCUGCUAUGUUAUUGUGUGUGCAGCUGUUGCUGUCCAAGUUGGAUGAGGGCAUCCCUGUCUUCAUGAAUCACUACUACAACACCUACUUCGCCCACUCGGCCGGCGGCCGCAUGAUCGGCAGACGCAUGUGCGACACGCUACUCGGCGGACACCUGCUACACUUCUACAGAUGGGAACAACCAGACACACACACCGCGACAGAGAACCACCACCACCAUGAACAAGGCCAUCAUGCCAGCGGCUCUGGGUCUGGCGAUCGGUCUGUGAUAGAGGGGCUGUUGGCUGGUGUGAGGGAGAAGAUCGACCGCAUGGCCCUCAGCUGGACGGAGGAGGAGAAGCAAAAGUGCAUCGAUGAGACGCCAAACGCUUUCAGGUGACUGACUGACGCUCAGUGACAGACAGACAGACAGACAGACAGAAGUCAUGCGGAGGGAGGGAGGGAGUUUGCAUGUUUGUUAGUUACAGUGUGUGUUGGUGUCCUGUCUGUUGUGGUGUACACCACAUGUAUCAGGUACGGUGGCGGGCUGCUGAGCCACCUAGCCAAGCCGCCCAAGGAGAGCGCUGGGGAGGCAGUCUAGUCUCCACGACUCAUUUAUAGACACCGCAGACAGACAUACACACACGCAUAAAUACAUGAAUGAGCUUCAUUCCUUCAUUUGUGCCGACCGGCGUGACUGACGUCCAUAGUCAGUCGUGUGUGUCAUUCAUACAGCCAUCCAUCAUAUCCCAGCCGUGAGUGAGUGAAUAUGAGAGCUUGAAGAGAGCAGAGAGUUUGUCGAUAUACAGGCAGUCGAGCCAGUGAGUGGUUUAAAGGCGUGCGUGCGUGCGAGAGGGCCAGGCAGCUUCGCAGUGAGUGCGUGUGAGUGAGUGAGUGAGUCCGUGAGUGCGGGUGUGGGCAUGACAUCCAUCUGUCGCUGCCUGCGUGGGUGCGGGCCUACCUACAUUCGGGCAUCCCUGGCAGGCAGACAGCAAUCGGUUAUGACCAGCCAGUCAUCUUGGCGUGAUGGUUUGUCAGUCUGGAGGUCAGCGAUGCGGUGCACAUGUGGGGACAUGAACCGGCCGAUGCGACAACGAUGCAUUCAUCGAUGUCUUGUGUUGGAUGUCGUGUGAUUGAUGAUGGAUGUGGUGGCCGUUCCGGGCCGCCCCAAUGCGGGGCGGGUAGUGUGUUUGUCACUUUGUUUCUGUCUUUCUGGCUAUCGCUCCUACCUAGCAUUUCCUUCCGAUUUUUCCUGAAAGCCAUCCAGUCCGAUGAGUGAGGACGGCGCUCUUCACAUCUAUCUAUCUACUUCGUGUCUGUCUGUGCAUAAUGCGAUCAAUGCAUGUCUAGUGUGCGUGUGGGCCAGCUGUUGAACUAGUUAACUAACACGCACAGCGCUCUGUGUGGGACGACCGACCGGCCGGACGAUUGAACUAUGGGCGAAUGGAUGGAUUGACGGUGAGUCCAUCAGUCAGCG